AUGAAUAACGGUAAGAAAAACCCGUUUGCCGCCAAAAAGUCAACGACCAUACAACGUUCGCCUGAUGAGGUAUAUCCGCAACGGAAGGGCCUAAAUAAGCCUCAAUACCUUGGUAAUCUGCCCUUGGACCAGCUUUUCGCUCGUUUGGAACGUCUUUUAUCUCAGAACCUUCAAGACAUCACAUUGGAGAGCCUUCAUACCCUGCUUUUGCCUGGAAACCCCAUUCGUGAACACAAUGCUGCCAUUUACGAUGUAGCGAAACAACUUCUUGAUCUUCUUGCGGAAGUUCAGGCGUGUGCACUCGCAGCAAAACAGAAGAUGUCAGACCAGAACUUGGUGGUUAUUUCGCUCCACGACAUCAAGACGUUCGGAAAACUAGUGAACUUGGUGGUGAUCUUUGCCAUUUAUCCUGCUCUUUCUUCGCUUCACAUUGGUGUUCCCCUUGAACAGCGCAGACUAGCGGAUUUCGGUACUUCAGUAUACAAGCCACUAAAGGGCCCUGUCCUCGAACCUCAGGAUGGCGAAAGCGAUGCUGAACGGUUCGCCCCACAUGAAAGGCUCCUUCACAUGGCUUUUUCACAGUUAUGGCCAUUGUUUGAGAAAGAUUCUGAUGUUCGUGAUCUCUUAAUGAAGGGUACGGGGUACUCAGACUUUUUGACUGUGUCACUUUCGUUAGCUUCUGUUCCAUGGUGGAAAGAGAAGGACGCAAACGAGGCAAAAGUUGAUGUGACGGCAAGUAUUGCUUCAACUUACGAUCUCUACCAAGACUAUACGCUUCUUCUUUCAACACCCUCACCUGCUUAUUUCAAGCGGACAGUUGUUGCGCGGCUAGAAUUGCUUCCAAGCAAGGCUCCAAAAGGCGAUGGAGUUUUGACUUUGGUGGAAUUUGUCUUGGGCCUCCGAGAUCAGGAACAAGUAAGCGUAUCAAAAUUCGACCAUGUGGCCCGAGUUUUACUUCUGAAGCCAAAGACUGUGACCACAGUGGAAUACUUUACCCUGAUCGGUAAUCAAUGCUACGAUAUUUUGGUUAACGUCAACAGACCUACAGUCGGAAGUUGUAUUGGUCAUUUUCUAGAACAGCUUUGGCGGCGGAACGAAAAAGUUACUGUGGAUUUUUUCCUCAAGCCAAUUUGGGAUGUGUUUGACCCACAACCGACCGACAAGUUGGUAUGGCUGUCUGAAACUGCAGUCAACAAUAACAUAAAUGUGCUUUAUACAUUAGCACAGCGCAGCUUGCCUGCCGAUUUGGCCGCUGCCAUUUUUUUGCCUGUGCUUAUCCCACUUUGGCGUUACUUCGUGUUUCUUCGCCAGAAUGAACGUCCAACUGAAGUCGCCAAGAGCAUCUUCAUUGGUUUCCUCGCAGCAAUGGACACAAAUCGUCGUUUGGAAGCGCUUGAUCUUGUGGCGCAAAACGUCGUGUGCGAGGGACGCUGGCGGUAUCGUAUUGGACCCAACCAGCUUGUGGAGAUAUGCUCUUCGCCAGAAAAGUUGGAGGGAGCAGUUCAUCUCACCUCUAGUGGCACCGGCUCUUCUAGUCAAGCGCGUGCUGCUCAAUUUCUCAAAAAUGUAGACGCUGGGUGCUCUGCCCUUUCCGCGCUUCUUCCGCCCACUCGAGGCACCCGACGUUCUGGCGCUUUUCGCGCGCCUUCUUGCACGCUGGCUCCACGGAACUCGCGAUGCUGCUUUCGAACGCCUUGCAGAGUUGCGUCUUGUGGAAACUGUUGGUCGCGACUUCCGCGAUCAAUUGGCAGAAACGCCUGGUGA